ACAUGUAAUUUGUUAUUGGCACACUCAUCACACAAGAUAGUGUGGUCUAUAAAUGGAUAAUUGAAUAGACAAAAAAUUUGAUCAGCUAUUUGACAACACUUCGAAAUAAAAAAUGGCAGCACCACUACAUUUUAUGACUUCGGGCACCCAACAAAUGUUCUGCCGCCCAUUGGCGAACAUCUCCCUUAGCAAUCCUAGUGAUGAUCAUCGCUCUGUUUCUUUUAGUCGUUUAUCUCAUAAUAGAAACAAUAUCCCGGCGCCAAUUAAUUAUAAUAGAGCAGCGUUGCUGUUGCGGGCAAAUCUAUCAACGAACGCCGUGUUGAUGGAGCCUUCUCGUCCAACGGCAGACUUUCCUUCUGACGUAUGGGAAGAUUGCUUUAUUUCAUUGAAGCUUGAUGAGUCGAAAUACAAAUCAAAUAGUGAACAAGUUGAAAUGCUGAAAGGAGAAGUAGAGAAAAUGUUGAAGAGCAGCCCAAGUGAUGAUCCAGUGGAGAAAGUUGAGCUGAUCAACAAUAUAUACCGCCUUGGUUUGUCGUAUCACUUCGACAGUUGCAUUGACGAGCAGCUAAAUCACAUUUUUAAUGCCCAACCUCAUCUCCUCGAUGGAAAAGACUACGAUCUCCACACUGUCGCACUUGUGUUCCGAAUUUUCCGACAAUUUGGUUACAAGAUGUCUGUCGAUGUUUUCGAGAAAUUCCAUGACACUGAAGGUAAGUUCAAAGAAAGUGUGCUCAAUGAUCCCAAAGGCAUGCUAAGCCUUUAUGAAGCUACCCAUCUGAGUACUCCAGGAGAGCAUAUCUUAGAUGAAGCCUUUGCCAUCACGAAGACUCACUUGGAGUCGUUUCUGAAAACUCAAUCAUUGCCCAAUAAUCUUACCAGACAAAUAAGCAGUGCCCUAAAACAGCCCUUGCACAGAGGAAUUCCCAGACUCGAGGCAAGAAAAUUCAUCGAUUUCUACGAAGACGAAGAAUCUCCAAAUGAAACCUUAUCAAAGCUUGCAAAGUUCGAUUUUAAUAGGGUACAGUACAUGCAUCUACGAGAGCUGAAAGAUCUCUACAAGUGGUAUGAUGAGGCGAGACUCGGAGAAAUGUGUACUUUUGCGAGAAAAAGAGUAGCGGAGGUCUUCUUAUGGACGGUUAUUUUGCAUUUUGAGCCACACUAUUCGCGAGCUCGAAUGAUGCACGGCAAACUUCUGAAAUUGUUUUCUAUCGUGGACGACGUCUAUGAUGCAUAUGGAACAAAGGAGGAGCACCGGUUGUUUAGAAAGGCAAUUGAGAGGUGGGACUAUGCAGAAAUAGAUCAUCUACCAGCUGAUUAUCUGAAGACGAUUUAUAAAGCAAUUUUAGAUGUGUUUGCCGAAUAUGAGGAUGAAAUCACCGCCGAAGGAAGAGCGUACAGCCUCCACUACGGGAAAAGGGAGGUAAAGGGAUUUAUUGCAGGCAACCAUGGAGAGGCUGAGUGGUUACACACACAUAAAUUGCCAUCAACAUUAGACGAGUAUUUCACCGAAGCAUUUAUUACAGGGGCAAUCAAUUUAAUGGGAACAGUAUGCUACAUGUCAAUGGGAAAAGUCGCAGGUCUUGACGCAUUUGAAUGGUUGCAAAGUAAACCAAGAAUUUAUAGACCUGCAAGUAUAAUUGCUCGUGUCACAGAUGAUCUGUUGAGUUAUGAGUUUGAGCAAAAGAGACCACAUAUCCCUUCUGCCGUACAAAUUUACAUGACGGAAAAUGGAGUUCCAGAAAAGGAAGCAACAAAGGCAUUGCGGCAAAUGAUAGAAGAUGCCUGGAAGGAGAUUAAUCAGGAAUGCAUGAAACCAUCAGAUGUUUCAUUGGAGCUCAUCAUCAGAAUUGUAAAUAAUUUACGCGUUGCGGAAACGCUUUACAAGGACGUGGAUGCAUAUACCUAUCCUGAACAUGCAAAAGGUUUCAUCGAACAAUUGUUCAUUCAUCCUGCGCCUGUUUAAAGUUGAAUCGAAACUAGCUAAACCUGUUGUGUGUAAGCUAGCAAUACAUCAUCUAUGGAUCUUUUAUGGGUCUGUAUUUUGUUAUACAUGAAUCACCUUGUCCUA